AGUGGCUCUGUCGAGUCGUGGCCCGACCCGAACACAAGUGGAUAAGGAAGGAAUAAUCGAGAGAACAUGUGGAGUGUACUGUUGCUCGUCGGGCUGACCAAGGCUGUCUCCUUCGUCGCCGGGAUCGCUUCCGUCGUCGACGAGAAAUCGGUACCAUUGGUGAAUAUCAGCGUGGUGGAAGGGAAGUCGGCCGAGUUGCCAUGCGACAUCACUCCGCCGGGGGAGGACACCCUUCACAUGGUGUUUUGGUUCAGGGACGAGGCAGGAGUACCGUUGUACACGAUGGACGCCCGCGAGAAACCGGUGACCAAGGCUCAACACUCGUCGGACUCGACCGUGUUCGGGCGGCGAGCGUAUUUCCACACCGAGUUACAGCAGAGCCCAGCCAUCCUCGUGAUCAAGGACAUCAAGAGGCACGACGCGGCCACCUACAGGUGCAGAGUCGACUUUCGCAAAGGGCAGACGCGCAGCUUUCGCUACAGCCUCAUCGUGAUCGUGCCCCCGGAACAGCCCACCAUUCUGGACCAGUGGGGGAGGAUAGUGAACGGGACGGCGGGCCCCUACGAGGAGGGUGACACCCCUUCCUUGACGUGUCGCGUGACAGGCGUUCCAGUGAAACCGUUGACGACCACCAUAAGGAGGCCGGGGAGGAAGGAAGUGGGGAGCGAGUCGCUGCUCGCGGGGAAACGGUACGAGGUGGAGUGCGAGACGACCGGCUCGAGGCCACCGGCGGUGAUUACCUGGUACAAGGGGCGGAGAAGACAGCUGAAACACACCAAGGAGGAGAGAUGGGAGAAUCGGACGGUGAGCAUGGUGGAGUUCGAGCCGGGCGUGGAGGAUCACGGGAAAUUGAUCACCUGCAGGGCGGAAAAUCCGAACGUGACGGGGCUGUUCCUGGAGGAGACGUGGAAAAUCGACGUCGUGUAUCCACCGAUUGUCUCGUUGAACCUUGGAUCGACGCUAAGUCCGGAGGACAUCAAGGAGGGGGACGACGUCUACUUCGAGUGUCACAUCAGGGCUAAUCCUGCCUGGUCCAAGUUGACGUGGAUACACGACAACCAGAUACUGGCGCACAACACGUCGGCCCGGAUAAUCUGGUCGAAUCAGAGCCUGGUGCUUCAGAGCGUGACCAGGAGCAGCGCCGGCAAGUACGUGUGCGCCGCAACGAAUGACCUGAACGAAACUCGAAGCGAGCCUCUUCAUUUUCGCGUCAAGUUCGCGCCUGUGUGCAAGGAGGACAGGAUCGUGGUUGUGGGUGCGUCGAGGGGCGAGUCGUUGAACAUCGCGUGCAAAGUGGAGGCCGAUCCCCCGGCGCACAAUUUCCGUUGGAAAUUCAACAACAGCGGGGAGACGCUGGAAGUAGCGCAGGGCAGAUUCUCGAUGGAGACGUCGAGCGGGGUGAGCGUGUUCAGGUACACGCCGACCACAGAGCUGGAUUACGGCACUCUGUCGUGCUGGGCGGACAAUUCGGUCGGCAGACAAGCGAGACCGUGUCUCUUCCAGCUGAUAGCGGCCGGAAAACCAUUUCCGGUCCGUAACUGCACGCUCGCGAACCAGACUUACACCAGCGUCGAGGUGAAAUGCGUGGCUGGCUACGAUGGAGGGCUUCCGCAAAAAUUCAUCCUGGAGGUGUACCACGGCGACGUGGAUUUCCUGUCGAGCAGCCAACCCCUCUAUAACGUUUCGAACGCGGACGAGCCGAGUUUCUCCCUCGCGGGAUUGGAGGCGUCCGUCGAGGCUGGGGUGCACGUAGCCGUGUACGCUGUGAACGCCAAAGGUCGAAGUCAACCAGUCGUUCUCAGCGAGGUCACCUACAGGGAUGCCGAGAAACGCACCGGACAAGACGCUGGGAUCGUGUUGUCGCCGUUGAUAGGGGUUGUGGUCGGGGCGUUGGUCACCCUGGUGCUCGUCAUACUUGUGGUGGUGGUACGCGUGCGUCGGGAACGCGUGUCCAAGCCUCGACACGAAAAACCGGCCGAGCUGAGCGAGCUGCCGCCGCAACAGUACCCGCUCCAGAACCCUCAGCAAACCGUGGAAACGGACCCCGACGUUAUUCCGAAUAAGUUUGAGGGGAGCCUGGCGGAAGUGAGCCCGCCGAGUUAUCCAGGUGGAUAUCCCCCGGGACACUGGGUCACGCCCGGGCCUACGCCAAGCAUAGACGAGCUCUGCCACAAAUUCACGGGCAGACCGACGGAGCUGAGGUUACCAUCGAGGAGCGCGAUACCGAGUUUACAGAGCAUGCCCAUGACGGGAGGAGCGAUGAUGGGCGGUGGACAGGGGGGUGUCCCUCUAGGAGGCGGUGUCGUGGUGGCGGGCGAGUGUUUGGACGGGGAGGCGAUCAAAAGACGAUUGAUGGCCAACAGGCUUCCGGAGAGUUGCGUCUAGGAGCUCUUGGCAACGCCAAGUCGUUCGUCGCAGGCUGCUGGACGAUCGGGCUCGUCGUUGAGAACCAGCGUAAAGACGAGCCAACGUGUCGCCGAUCCGAAGCGGCGAACAAUGGAACGCGAUGGAACGCGCGUGCCUCGUCGAUUAUUCGUGGGAAUAAAUAAAUUUCGCGAGAAUUGUUUUGUAAACGUUCUCCCCUCCAUACUCGGCCAAAAUUUGUCGUUGCUCUUCCUUCCUUCCUUCCUUCCUUCCCUCCCUCCGCUUUUCUUCUUUUCUUCCUGUCUCGGGAAGAAGACAGAGAAAGAAGGGAUGGAAAAACGGAGAGGAAAAAGAAGAAGAAAGGGGAAAGAGUUAGGCGAAAACUCUCCAUCUGUGCAAGAUGUUGCCAAGUAACGCAAUCCCAUGGAAGACUGUUUUCGAACGUGGAAACAAACUUUUCCUUCCACCGCCUCACUGAUGAUGAUCUUCGACGUUGUCUUCUCACGUAUCUCUUCUUUCGCUCCAACGAACGAGACGAUUCCUCGUGGAUAAUUGGCAAUCCUCGAACGACAAUUCUUUUUUCCUUUCCUUUCUUUCUUUCUUUCUUUCUUGUCGAUUAAAAAUAAAUGAAUAAUUCGAAUCCUUCGGUCGUCGGAGAAGAGAAUCGGCGAGAAAAGAUAAAAAAGUUGAUUCCAGCCAGCCUGUUUCCGCUCGGCCGGAAUGAAGAUGGAUCGAGGAGGAACGUGUGGGAGGCGCGAGGAGGGGGAGAUAACGCGAUGUUACUUCGGCGAGUGGAAGGAAGGGAAGAAAGAAGCGCGGUGGGCUGAUCAAUCAGUUUCAACGACGGGAGAACGUAUAUUCGGAGUAGUAGUUUGUACGAAACACGAUUUUAUACAUAUCGUCAUGUCGACUUUCAUGUCCUUCGUUCGAUUAUUAUUAUUAUUAUUAUUAUCGUUUCGACCACGAUUUCACACUUUCUUCCCCACUUUUCUUCGCGUAAUUUUAGGGGGAACACGCUCGAGCCCGGGUUUUCGCGCAAACUUCGUGGACGACUCUCUCUUCUCUUGCGCAAUCGCGUCGGAGAAUCGACAAUAAGCGAUGAGUCGCCGUCGGAUCGAAGUUCGAGCGAGCGACCGGUCGAUAAGGUAGUUGUUUCCCGUCGUAGCGCGAGAGGAAAGAUUUAAUCCCCUUCGUUCGUUCGAUGCAAAAACUGAGAAGAAAAAGCAAUUAAUCGGGAUUAAAAAAAUCGUCCGUGCUAAUUUCGUUCGAUUCUUUCGCGAGAAUAAACAGAGCGGGAAAGGUACACGAGAAGGGGGGGGGGGAGGAGGAGGAGGAGGAGGAGUUGCUUUACGUACGUAAGCAUACGCGCACGGAUGAAAAAUUGAAUUUGUAAGGUCGGGGGAGAGGAGGCGUGGCGCUUAGCGACGUAGUGACGAGGCUUGACGGCAAAACUGGAAGUAAAAAGCGACAAAGUAUAUUCCUGAGAGAGCGAAGUGACGCGAACUUUGUCCGAAAACUCUCUCGCUCGAGCGUGUGUCGAGCUUUGAACGAAUGUGAAUCGAGGGACGGAAAGUGAGUGGAAAGCGGGAUAUAAAUGUUAAGUUGUCGCGUGCGUGACACGACGUGAGGCGUCGCGAUUUGUAACGCGUUUUUUCUCCCUCCUCUCCCCCUCCUUCGUUCUACUUUUCCUUUCGACGUAUUAUUAUUAUUAUUAUUAUUAUUAUUAUUAUUAUCAAGGGGCGGAGGGGCAGGGGAAAGAAUAGACUAGAAAAAAAAGAGAAGAAGAAAAAAAAAAGAAAAAUGGGGUGUAACCAAAGAAGUCGUCGCUCGUUAGUUAAUGUCGUGUCAUAAGUGUACAUAAGUGUCGUAUCGUUCGAAACGAUCUUCCCCCUCGCGUGGAAGGGGGAGAGGAGGAGGAGGAGGGAGAGGCAAGACGACGAGUGAAUCGGAACUGAUCGAUACGAAAUGACACGUAUCGUCGGGAUUCAUCGGGAUUUCUCGUUCGAGUGACGCGUCGACGGCUCGUUAUUCUCCCCCUCCCCCCCGUCCCCCCUGAAACGUUGCUCUCGUCAACCGAAAUUCAACCGAUCUUAAUUGAGAGCACGCGAACGGCGACAAAUAGAUCGCGCCGAAUCGUCUCGACGCGAAAAAUUCGAUACUUUUAAUCGAGGGAGGGGGAUAAAAAAAACGUGCCGAUCGACGGGAUCACGCUUUUUUCAUUUCGUCCAUGAGCAUUAGCCUAAAUAUAAAACGCGUCGUAAUCCGGAAGAUCGAAUUUUUUUUUCCAGAAGAAUCCAAACCUCGUUUGUCUUCUCACACGCCCACGACAACGUUUCGUUCUCCCCUCCGAAAACAGGGGUGACGGGAUUCGAGUUUUCUUUUGCGAAGCGUCGAUCUCUUCUUUUUCUCUCUAUACAUAUAUAUAUAUAUAUACGUAUACAUAUAAAUUCUCCUUUUUAUAACAAAUAUUCCGACAAAUUUCGAUGAUGAUCUUGGCUAACGAAGAAGAAGAAGAAGAAGAAGGACGCCGCCUGUUGGAUACGAUAUAAAAAUCCGGAGAUUAACGGACACAAUCAUGUACAUAAUCAGCAAGAUGAAGCGAGGGUCCGUGUAAUAAAUCGAUUGUAUUUUAAGUUCACUGUAUAGGGGGAGGGGGUGAUUUCAUAUCAGAACUCCAUAUCGUCUAUUAAACUCGUAUGUAUAUACUACAUAAAGUUUCGAUCUGAAUAAACUGUUUAACUGUCCGAACUGAA